ACUGCCAUCAAAGAGCUAGCACAAACCCCAGAAGAACCUCAAAUGGUGUCCGUUGCUCCGCGUGGCCUCUCCGUCGCCGCUCCCCGCCGCCGCCGCCCAAUCCUCCUCCUCCUCCUCCGCCCCGACCAACUCCGCCCGACGCUGCCGCUGCUCCUCCUCCUCCCCGUCCCCCCGUCUCCUUCGCUGCCACCUCCUCCACCCUCAUGAGUUCCCACUCCGGGUCGCUCGGAUCAACCCCGCUCGCGCAUGGAUUUGAGGAGGCUCGUCCCGGCGAAGCCCUCCCUCGCCGCCGUCCCUUCCGUCGCUCGCCCCUUGAUCAGCUUCUCCUCCGAUGCCCCGUCCCCUCUCCGCCCCGACCGCCGCCGCUCCGGGCAGCCGUCGCCCGGUGAUCCCCGACCCGAGCCUCCUGGGGGCUCGGUCGAACCGGCUCCUUCGACCCUGUCGAGUCGGCGGCUCGAUCAGGGCGUGCUCAAGUCCGUGUCGUCGAUGCUGUCGAGCUCGCGCCUCGCCCAUUCCCAGUGUAGGUCGGUGAUUGCGCGGUUGUCUCCCGUUGAGUUCGAUCGGGUGUUUUUCGCGGUCCGGUCGGACGUUAAGAUGAAGACCACCCUCAAGUUCUUUUACGUCGCGGCUCAGUCCUUCAAGUUCCCGUUCACCGUCCGGACGUACUGCAUUUUGGUUCUCCUGCUCAUUGAUUCGGACCGUUUGCCGCGUGCGAGGUGGUUAUUGACAGAGUUGAUUCUUGGGAAGCUGCCUGUUUCGAGUGCGGAUCUCGGGAAUCGACACAUUGAGUUGGCUGCUGUGUUGGCGGAGCUGAACGCAGUGUCUGGUCCGGCCGUCGGAGCUCGGGCAUUGGAUACGUUGAUACAUGUUUGCUGUACCCAAUUUCAGGAUAAGGGUUCUGGUUAUGCUAUUGAUGCGUUUAGGAUAUUAGCUGAUAAGGGUUUGUUCCCAUCUUUGAAGACUUGCAAUUUUCUGUUGAGUUUUUUGGUCAAGGCGAACGAGCUUGAGAAGUGCUACGAAGCAUUUGAAGCCAUGCUUUGCGGUGUUUCUCCGGAUGUUAAUUUAUUUAGCAUUGCAAUCAAUGCAUUUUUCAAAGGAGGGAGAGUGGAAGAUUCUAUCCGAUUGUUUACGAGAAUGGAAGAGUCGGGGGUGUCUCCAAAUGCGGUUACGUGCAAUAGUAUGAUUGAUGGUCUUUGCAAGAACGGGAGAUUAGAUGCUGCAUUGCAGUUUAAAGCGAAGAUGAUAGAAAAAGGUGUGAAUCCGAAUCUUAUAACUUAUAGCAUUCUGAUUAACGGCCUCAUGAAAUUGGAGAGAUUUGAUGAGGCCAAAAUAUUCAUGGGAGAAGCAUCUGAUAGAGGGUUUGUUUUGAACGAUGUUGUAUACAACCCUCUGAUAAGUGGGUAUUGUAAAGCAGGAAAAAUCAGCGAGGCACUAGAGAUUAUUGAGGAUAUGACGUCCAAGGGUAUGAGUACCAAUCCAGUAACUUUAAAUUCUCUUUUACGGGGUUAUAUCAUAAAAGAUCAGAUGGAGAGCGCUGAGCUCCUUUUGGAGGAGAUGCUACUGAAGGGGCUAGCUGUAAAUCCUGGUGCUUUUAAUUCAGUGGCUAGCUGGUUAUGUAGGAGUUCUAAAUUCGACCAUGCUCUGAGACUUAUUAGGGAAAUGUUAUCGAGAAAUUUAAAGCCCAAUGACGCAGUGUUGACCACAUUGCUCGGCGGACUUUGUAAAGUUGGAAAAAUUUCGGAUGCAGUGGAACUUUGGUUCUCGCUACUAGGAAAAGGAUUUACAGCCAACACAGUCACAUCCAACGCUUUGAUUCAUGGACUUUAUAUAGCUAAUAAUAUGGAAGAGGCUUUUAGGAUCCUCAAGGAGAUGGUAGAAAGGGGUUUGGUGUUGGAUAUAAUAACAUACAACAUACUCAUCUUGGCUUUUUGCAAGAAAGGAAAAGUCGAGAAAGGUUUCAAGUUGAGGGAUGAGAUGGUUAAGGGAGGCAUUCCGGCUGACAUCUUUACCUACAAUUUGCUACUACAUGGCCUUUGUGACCUGGGUGACAUAGAGAGAGCUACUAAUCUCUGGGAUGAAUGCAAAAGAGCUGGUCUGACUCCUGAUAUAUACACUUAUGCAAUCAUGAUGGAUGGUUACUGCAGAGCUGGCAAACUUGAAAAAGGAGAAAACCUUUUCAAUGAAUUGGUCAUGAAGAAAGUGCAACUAAAUUCUAUUGUUUAUAACAUACUGAUCAGAGCAUAUUGCAGGAACGGAAAUACUUUGGUAGCCUUGCAACUGCGCGAUGCAAUGAGAACUGAGGGCAUUCCACCGACUUCUGUCACUUAUGGUACCCUGAUGCAUGGACUGUGCACGAAUGGUUCUGUUGAGGAAGCAAGAUCCAUCUUGAGUGCAAUGAUCAAGGAAGGUGUCCAGCCAGAUGUUUUCUGUUGCACCACCAUCAUCAAUGGCUAUUUCAAGCUAGGCCAGAUGGAUAAGGCUGAGGCCAUGUUGCUGGAAAUGUCUUCAAAUAACAUACACCCCAAUAAAGUUACCUAUACUGUGAUGAUUAAUGGAUAUCUUAGAUGUGGUGAUAUGAUAAAAGUAACUAAGUUUCUGAAUGAGAUGGCAGUAAAUGGGAUUGCUCCUGAUAUCAUUACUAGCAAUGUCUUGGAAAAUGGGUUAAGCAAACUGGGGAAGGUGGAUGAAAUUUCUGAAAUGUGUGACCAGGUGUGUGGCAGAGGAGUACUGUCCAACAAAAUCACAUAUACCACGUUGAUUAAUGGAUGGCUUCAGAGGCCAAAUAUUAGAUAUCCAGGGCCAUGAGGAAGAAUCUUGUGCUUAAUUCUCAACACCUGUGAUUUUGGAACAAGUUCUUGGUCUGUCUGGUGAAUUUCGAGAAUGUGCUUAUCCUACUUAAGCAUCUGCUGAAGUAACGAUCAUUUGAUUUGGAUCUGUCACCACGCUGCACGGACCGAGCAUCAUCAACCUGAUAUGUGAAGAUAAUGUCACUCCUUAGAAUUGUCUACACUGGAUUGCGUCUGUGAUUGGUGGCCGUUGGAGGUUUGCCCGAUGACCAUACAAAAGCUCCCCCCUGCACAGCUGAGAUUACAAGUAUUUUCAGGCUCCCGCGCUGCUGAGUUAGUUCGACUUGCGAGAAGAACCGAAUCAGAGCGACUCGAACACAUAUCCAAAGAGUUGAAGGGGCCAAGAGGCGGAACUUCUCUUGCUGUGGAAAAAGUCGCCGAAUUCGGACUCCAGCUCUCGUGCCGUGAGGUCAUGCUCGGAUUUUUCUCUUAUCGAGGGGAGGUGCUUCACAAGGAACUCGAUCCCUCGCCUCGUCAUUUUGCUGGAGAGGAUGACAAGAGCCGAGCGGGAAAGGGAAGACAAGUUUCAGUUCAGCCCAUGGUAUUAUCCAAGAGGGGGGUCCAAGACAAGGGUCAGAAGCUAAACGACAUUGCGUGAAAAAGCUGGGGUUGGGUCAUUGCGACAACGACGGACGGCAAAACGCAACGUCGUUCAUGCAAUCCAGAGCCGUCCCUUUUCCAUAUGCAUGUAUAGCUGUGCAUGCCACACGAUUCUUUUGAUGAUUACACGAGUGGUAGGAAAAAUGGAAAUAAAAAAAUCCGAUUCCAUUUAA